ACAUCGCGCUGGUAGCAUCUGUGUAUCUGCCUCUUUUCACCCAGGCAGGUUCACACCGCUUCCAAGAACCAUUGACGCUCAUUUGACGCGAUUAAUCCCCUCAAGUUUCGCCUCGCCCGCAGGUCAUGAGCUAGCAGCUGUCGACACCGACCUCUUGACCUCUCCUCCACAACCCAUUGCCUUCCCGGGAAAGCAACCACCGUCCUUCGGCCCUGAUCAUUCGAGCGACUACAGAGAGCAUCAUACUCAAAAGGAUUUCGAGGUUCAUUCAGUAUCCACACACACGCCUUUUGCGCCGGCACCGCCCACGCUACCAGUCGACUCGCCCAGUGAAUUGACUUUGAGCCGCUGACAACCGCAAAUAUGUUUUUCCUCAAGGAAGAGACCAAGGUCAUUACCAUGCACCCGUCCUAUUUUGGACCGAACAUGCGCGAAUUCCUGAUCGCCCGACUGAACGAGGAGGAAGAGGGCCGAUGCACGGGCGACCACUUUGUGAUCUGUGUUAUGGACAUGGUUGACAUUGGCGAGGGUCGAGUUGUCCCCUCGAGCGGAAGUGCUGAGUACACCAUCAAGUACCGUGCGAUCAUCUGGAAGCCGUUCCGUGGCGAGACGGUCGAUGCGAUUGUCACCUCCGUCAAGCCUACCGGUAUCUUCACACUGGCCGGUCCUCUAUCUGUCUUCAUUGCGCGCAAAAACAUUCCCUCCGAUAUCAAGUGGGAGCCGAAUACCGUGCCACCACAGUACACCGAUCAUGCCGACCAAGUGAUUGAGAAGGGAACAAGUCUGCGCCUGAAGAUCCUCGGUGUCAAGCCGGAUGUGGCGGCGAUCAACGCCAUUGGCACGAUCAAGGAGGAUUACCUUGGACCCUUGUAAUGAGAAACGAGCCGCAAAAUACCCAAUUCCUCCUCUUUUCCAUACCAUCACGAUUUGUACUCGAUUCUGUCUACCCUGUCAAUGGCAUCGUGAAUGCCAAGACCGUUCUUCUUGCGACGAAGAAGAAACCCACCAAGAAAAAAGAAAUUUGUUGAAAGGGCUCUCCAGGGCGUCUACCAGGAUAAUGAGGCGACGAUUGCAGCCUAUGCUCAUGCAAGCAUGACCCUGGCGAGCGCGAGAGAUUCAUGAAAUCAGACAGGCGCACAUAGAUAGCAGCCAUUCUGGACUGCUUGCUUGCAUUUCCAUGUCCACCCGCAAUCUUAUCAUUUCCACCAUCCCCCCAUUGCUGUCAUUGAUAUUACAGGACUCCGCUGGGGGCCAGAACGGUGCUGGUCUGGGCCCGCCGAGCAGAAGAAGAUCAACCCAGGCCCCAGAGCAAUUGGGACUCGGUUCAUUCCAUUGUGCUAUGGCUAGACCAGCUUGAGCUAUGUACCAUAUUAACAUACAAUUGCAUCUGGGAUUGAUAGCUAUGCACGGAG